ACGAUAUAUGUAUUCUCUUUUUAAAAUGACGAAUUGGUUGUUAAUGACCGCAAUAAAAUAUAACAAUAAUAUGGAGCCAAACAACCGACGCCACAUAAAUGUUGCACUGGGUCUCAAUGGAAAUGGUUCCCGGACGGCAUGAAAGUCGGCGGAAAAACACUAAUCCAUUCACAACUUGAUUCUUGAAACACACACCUUCCAGCACCAAGAUACAAACACAACAGCAGAUCCCUCAUGAUGGAGAGGUGCACAGGGCUCGCUAUAUGCCUCAAGAUGCUUCCAUCAUUGCUACCAAGACUAACGACUCUGAAGUCUGUAUAUUUGAUUGUAAGAAUCAUUCCGCUAAGCCUCCUCGUGGAGGAAAAAUUAAAAGCAGUCCGGAUUUAAGACUGAUGGGCCACAGCCAUGAAGGAUUUGGCUUAUCGUGGAGUAAGUUUAAGAAGGGUCUUUUAUUAAGUGGCUCUUAUGAUUCCAAGGUAUGCUUGUGGGACAUUAAUCAGAUCCCGCAGAAUAAAGCUAUUGAUGCAUUGCAAACAUUUGAGUUUCAUAAAGGUCCAGUGGAAGAUGUAGCAUGGCAUUUGAAGCAUUACUAUUUAUUUGCUUCAUGUAGCGCUGACCGAUACUUGCACAUAUAUGAUUUGCGGUCUGAAUGCACCUGCAGACCUGACCAAAAGUUAAUGGCUCACCAAAGUGAGGUUACCUGCUUGUCAUUCAAUCCUUUCAAUGAAUGGCUCGUGGCAACGGGGUCUACAGACUCCACUGUGAAGCUAUUUGAUUUGCGGAAAUUCGUUGCUCCUCUACAUACCUUCAAGCGCCAUGAGGAUGAGGUAAUUCAAAUUGGGUGGAGUCCACAUGAUGAGACAAUUUUAGCUUCUAGUUGUACUGGUAGGAGACUCAUGGUGUGGGAUGCUAGUAGGAUUGGUGAGAAACAAACGUCCAAGGAUGGAGAAGAUGGUCCCCCAGAGUUGCUUUUUAUCCAUGGUGGGCAUACAGAUAAAGUUCCAGAUUUUUCAUGGAACCCAACUGAAGACUGGCUCAUUGCUAGUGUUGCCAACGAUAACAUGCUCCAAGUCUGGCAGAUGGCUGACCACAUAUACAGUGACUAAUGCAAUCAGCGUGCAGAGAAUGCGAAAGGUGCAAUGGUGCAUCAAACACAUUCACACAUAAUUUAAAACAAGGUGGUUUUAAGUCUUUCUUUUUAGGACAUAUUACCAUUAAAACCUCCUCAAUUUUAUGCUGUUUUUACAUUCAACUGAAUUGCAGUAGGGCUUCUGGUAUGAAACUAAGGUACAAAUCUGAGAUUGAAAUCUUUAAAGAAUGGAUAUUUAGGAUGGAAUUUUUGUUUUUUC